GUCACUUCCCAGUUAAACGUGGCCGCCUCGCAAGCUAGGAGUGGCAACCGAAGCGAGCGUCGCGAGCUGUCAAGCGCGGCCACCGUUCUCACACAGCCCGUGAAACAAGAGAGACGGCUUGUCGAAGCGUUUCAUCGUAGCCGGCACAGCGGGUCGCUUAAAUGACUCGACGGAGCGGCCGUUGAGGGAGCGCGUAAUCGGUCACUCGAGUUGUGUUUUCACCCGGACCCGCCGGUCAGGCGCCGCAAGACAGUCACCUCAGGCUGCAAGAAGAACAUGUCGUCUUCGGGCGAUUUCGGGAACCCCUUGCGGAAGUUCAAGCUCGUCUUUCUCGGCGAGCAGAGCGUCGGGAAGACCUCUCUCAUUACACGGUUUAUGUAUGACAGCUUUGACAACACGUACCAGGCUACGAUAGGUAUAGACUUCUUAAGCAAAACUAUGUAUCUUGAGGAUAGAACCGUGAGAUUACAGCUGUGGGACACAGCGGGGCAAGAGCGGUUCCGCUCUCUGAUACCUAGUUACAUCAGAGACUCUACAGUCGCGGUGGUUGUUUACGAUAUUACCAACGCCAACUCGUUUCACCAAACAUCCAAGUGGAUAGACGAUGUGCGGACUGAAAGAGGAAGUGAUGUGAUAAUUAUGCUAGUGGGCAAUAAAACAGAUUUGAGUGAUAAGAGGCAAGUCUCGACGGAGGAGGGCGAGCGGAAAGCGAAGGAACUAAAUGUGAUGUUUAUCGAAACUAGUGCUAAGGCUGGCUACAAUGUUAAACAGCUGUUUAGAAGAGUAGCGGCGGCUUUGCCGGGUAUGGACUCCACCGAAAACAAGCCUCCCGAAGACAUGCAAGAGGUAGUGCUCAAGGACACGCCAAUCGAACUGAAAGCCUCGGAGAGCAGUUGUGCAUGCUAAGUCGUCGUCGGCCUGACGGUAGCAGGGUAUCGAAUCGAAAGAAGCCUUUGAUAAGGCUCCCGAACGGAGCCCGAACCGUCCCAGAGCCGCCUUUGGACCGGUUUAGUGGCUCAUUUCGAGAGCGAUAAACCGAUUUCCCCGCGGGAAAUUUCCAAGGAGACUUCUCACGGUCUUUCAGUAAGAACCCAUUAUUCACAGUGUAAAUAAUAAUAUAUUAGUAUUAAAUAAUGAUAUUAAGCGGUAAUAUCAAUUUAUUAUUAUUUACCCGCGAGAAAGAUAGAGAGAGGGGGGAGAGAGCCGAAUUAUUUUCGAGAGAUCCGUGCGCUGAAGUUGACCCCUUGGAAAUUUUCGUACGGAACACGCAUAUUUACUUAUAUAUCGUGCUAAUAUUAAUAUUAUUAAUUUAUUAAUUCGCGCCUCGCCUUGGAGGGAGUAUAACGAUAUAUCUAUUUCCUUUCGAUGCCCUGAUCGGUAGACAAGACACACUGAGCUAAGUUAUAACUUAUAAGUUAAUGACCUAGGUCGUUAGGGUACUGAUUGCAUUCGGCCUGUGCCUCUCACGAGAGGACCGCGCGGGGGGCCAACGCGCACUGAGCAGCAACGAUUUCUUAUUAAAACCAGGAAAAAACCUACAGCUUCACACACAGUAGCUUUUAAGACUGCUUUUACACAAUGACGUGUUUUCCGUAUGUUAGCCGACUCGUAGAAAGAGCCGUUAACCCUCUCAGCCCUGAUUACGGCCUCUUGAGGCCUUUCAGGCCUCUCGGCCGUAAAUGUGACCUCCUUCUUCCGGCUGCGGCUUUGAUACCUCGCGAGAGAAGCCGUCGAGAUUGAGAGCCGGUCCGCUAAUUAGAAUCGAAUUAAGGAGUUGCGGUGAAAAUUGUGACGUUCCAUUUUGAAAUAAUUUCGCGAUCGUAAUUGUCGGGAUUAUUAACGCACGAUGAUUACAGUCAUUUGGAAACAAUGACUCGCGAUUUUUUGGUUAUUCGCAUUUAUUGAAAUAAUGAUUCGAACAUUUGCCGUAUCUCUUAGUUUCCCGUACGCCGCGGAUAUUUUUCUUCCGGGCGAAGCAUUACCUUCGUUCGCUUUUCCGAGCUUAAUCGAGACUUACUUCACUCUUCUAUGUUAUGUGGAUCAGAGCUACGAGGGUUAAGACGGCCUUUAUGAAUGUCUCAGAGUUCACACUUAAGCCUAUCUCGCUUGUUAAUAUUGAUUGUUUAAUAUUGUAUGUUAUAUUUUUUACGCGUACAGGUAAAUAUACGUCGAUAGUUGCUCAAACUCACGUUAAUUGAUCGAAUGGUACAGCCGUAGUUCUCCGUGUUCUUUAUUUAUCGCAAUUUCUAAGAACCGAAGUAUUGCCCUACGUAUUUUUGCAAUACAUAAGACAAAAUAGACGCAUACGAUACGAUGCUGUGUUAGAAUUCAGGAUAUUUCGCGACAAUUGAAUUGGUUCGGAGAUUACGCGAAUAGCAGACGUUAUAAACACGUUGCGUAAAUGCAGUCACGUAAUCGUGUCAAUAAUAAAUUAACUUAAACGAUCUUUUAAUCGUAACAAAUCAAGCCUCGAGGGCUGAUAGUGCAGAUGCUUGCUCUAUCGGACGUUGUGGAAAAAAGAAAAAAAAAGAAUAUAAUAGCCGUCGCAAUAUAUGUUAACUAUCGCUGAACGAAACUCGAAAUAUAUAUAUAUAAAAUCGAAGACUCGAUGGAGGAUUUGGAGACAAUUUUUCUACGGUAUUUGUGGAUAAUUAGCAGCUAACUAUAUCUCUUUUCUACAAAUACUUUAAGAGUACAAUAAUAUAAACGAACGAUCCUGUAUAGUCUCGGACUUAACCAUGCAUAAUCGAAGCAUUGCAUUUUUGCCUUUUGUUGAGAUCCUUCGUUUGUUCCUUAUUUUCUUGAUCAAUGUAGUUUUGUUCACUUGUACACGUAAACCGCAGGGGAAAGAGAGCAUAUUCCGUCUAAAAUUGUAUAGAACGAUAAUUGGGAUCACGAUAAAAAGGAACUCUAGUUUCCAGUAAGCUAAUUUUAAUUAAUGUCUCGUUUGUUGACAAUUCAUCUACCAUUGUAACGUUUUAAUUUAUAUAAAAAAGAAAUCUGCAAACACUA